AUGGCAUUAAAGGCAUUGUCGAAGCAUGGAUUUACGCGGAUAAUUCAAGAGGACAGAGGAAACACUCCCGAAUAUUACGCCCAAGUUUACUCCAUGUUUUCGACCGACCCGUGGAGUCCUUAUUUUGAUGGCGAUGCUUUCAAGCCUGUUAGAGAUCCGAGAUUUGCUGAUGCUACUCAAGAAUAUCUCUACCAUGAAAAAACCGGCGACUGGGACAUUGCUGGAGUUUUUCUUCGGGAAAAUUUCAAGCGACAUGUGCUCUACGAAAACGACUGCGAAAAGCUCCGCGCCUUGGCGAAUCUUUCAUGCUUCAACUGGGAAAAUACGCUCAACCUGAUCCAACUUAAACAAAUCUUUGACGAAAACUUGGCGGAUGCAAAGUUCAAGGCGGCCAUGUCCAGAUACGUCUGCUCCCGAUGCAAGUGCCUCAUCAAGAACAAGGCAGAGCUCGUCAAACAUGUGCGUGGAGUACAUCCUGAUCAUCUUGUCCAAAAUAGCAUCGGCGAGCCUAGAGUCGAUGAAUGGCAAAAGACAUCAUUCAACAGAAUGAUCCAGUCUGAUAUUGGCAACCAGAUGCUCUACGUCUUUUACGAGCAAGGCCCGAUUCACCAUGAUUUGAUGCAAUCAACAAGAACACUCAUCGCUGCUGCGCCGACAGAAAAUCCCCGGAUCGAAGAACACAACAUUCAUGUUCUUUCUGACCUUCCCACUGCCCCUCCUAAAGCUGCAGAAAAAGCCGUCAAGGCCGCUGGAGAAGAAUAUGAAAAGCAAAUGAGAGAAUAUGAAAUUGCUGUGGAGAAGCAAAAGGAGGCAGAGAGGAAUAUUGAUGAAGAAAUUGCCAGACUCGAAGCUGCGAAAAGCAAGCCCAAGGUGACGACCUACCACGACGAAGGAACAUCCCUCCUCCCCUCUGAGCACCGAUCUCCGACCGCGAUGACUCAAAUGUCGCGCUCUGGCCACCAAACUCCCGACCAACAACUCAACGGUUGGCACGAUACUGACAUCUAA